GCAAUGAAGCACAAUUGAGUUUAGUCGCCACUCAAACGCAACAACAACCGCAAACCCCGUCUUUUUGGGCUUCUCACGGGCCGGUAGCGAUCGUAUUAAUCAUAUGCGUGUUCGCACGCUCUUAUUUCCGCUGUGACGCGUGCGCGUUUUAUUCCACUUCUCUGAGUUUGUGCUUCAGUCGCGCGUUUCUCUUCUUUUAUAACGGUAGUUUCGGAGGCCGGUCCGCGGUAAAGUGCGUCAGUCAUGGCCAUGAUCACCUCCACCCCGAUGGAGAGCCGCGCCUCCACCGGCCGCUCCUCCAGGCGCAGCGGCGCGUCUCCGUCCGGCGUCAGCCCGACGCGCCUCACGCGGCUGCAGGAGAAAGAGGACCUGCGGCACCUCAACGACCGCCUGGCCAACUACAUCGAGCGGGUCCGACAGCUGGAGAAUGACAAGUCAUCCAUGCAGCUCCUGCUGGAGGAGAAGGAGGAGGUCGCCGUCAGGGAGGUCGGGAACGUGCGCCGCCUGUACGAGACGGAGCUCGCGGACGCGCGUAAAACUCUGGACGCCACCGCGAACGAGCGCGCCAGACUUCAGAUCGAGUUGACGCAGCUGCAGGACGACCACCGCAAACUCACAGUCAGGAAUAAUAAGAAGGAGAGUGAACUGACCACAGCUGUGGGACACUGGAGGAACCUCGAAGCCGCUCUGAACUCGAAAGAAGCCGAUUAUGCCAAUUUACUGGCCACCAAUCGCAGACUGGAGAAUGACAUUUCUGACCUCAAGAGUCAAGUGGCGAAUCUGGAAGCGGCGCUGCAGAACGUCAAAACCCAGCUGAACUCUGAGAUGCUGCGGCGCGUGGAUGCCGAAAACCAGCUUCAGACGCUUCAGGAGCAGCUGGACUUUCAGAAGCAUCUCAGUGAACAGGAGGUGCGUGAGAUGCGCAGUCGACACGAGAGCCGGCUGAUGGAGCUGGACAGCGGCAGACAGAAGGAGUUCGAGGGAAAACUAGCCGAGGCCAUGAAGCAGCUCCGAGAAGAACAUGAAGCUCAAAUCCAGCAGUACAAAGACGAGCUGGAGAAAACUUUCGCUGCCAAGUUGGAGAACGCGAAGCAGACGGCGGUGAAGAACAGCGACUUCGCUUCGUCGACGAGAGAAGAGCUGGCGGGAACCAAACUCAGACUGGAGUCUCAGUCCAUACAAAUCAACAACCUACAGAAACAGAACUCGGUGCUGGAGUCUCGUGUUCGUGAGCUGGAGCAGAUGUUGGACCGCGAGCGACAGCUGAACCAGCAGCGGCUCUCGCAGAAGGAGCAGGAGAUGGCCGACAUGAGGCAGCAGAUGCAGGAGCAGCUGGAGGAGUACCAGAACCUGCUGGACGUCAAACUCAUGCUGGACAUGGAGAUCAACGCCUACCGCAAGAUGCUGGAGGGAGAGGAGAAACGACUGAAUCUGUCUCCGAGUCCGAUCCAGCAGUCGUCGGUCUCUCGCACUCACGCUCAACCCGUCAGGAAACACUGGGCCAAGAAACGCAAACACGAGGGCACGAGUUCGGGACUCUCACCCAGCUACAAACUCUCCCAGCAUUCAUCCUCACGCGGAAACGUGUCCAUCGACGAGAUCGACCUGGACGGACGCUACAUUACGCUCAAGAACAACUCCGAUAAGGAUCAGUCUCUUGGCGGAUGGGUGUUGAGAAAGAGCGAAGCAGAGGCUCCUGACGUCGUCUUCCAGAUCCCGUCUCCGUGUGUGCUGAGCGCCGGACAGACGCUGACGAUCUGGGCGGCGGGUUCGGUGACGGAGCAGGUGCCGCGGGGGGAUCUGGUUCUCAGGACCCAUGAGACGUGGGGCCCGUUCGGGGAGGUGCGAGUCUCCCUGCUGAACCCACAGAACGAGGAAACAGCUGAGUUCUGUCUGGUGUGUGUUCAGGGUAAAGCAGAUGAGGAUCUGGAGUGUGACGAGAACAUCAUGAGCCGCGACGUUCACCUGCGCCGACAGCCCAAAAGAAGAAAAAAGAAAUGUUGUUCUCUGUCCUGAUGGGCUGGAGGCUCAGAGACACAAUCAGGACGCCAGCUGUGUUGUCAUGUGAGUCUGGUCUCACGUCUACAGGCGUUCAUCUAACCGUUCGCUCGCACUUGUCAUAUCUGAUAUGUUCGGAGCCUAAACUGGAUUUUUUACAUGAAGAAUUCUUUGCUGUACUUUGUUCAGAUAAUAAAGUUUAGAUAACUGUUAGGUUCUAAUAAAUUAAAAUAAAUGCUUUUUGCAAAA